CGACAACACAGUGUCUUUAAAACAUUGGCGGUCGAAGCAAACGACAAUGUAACGUUUGCUUUCAGAAUUAUCGUAAUAACGUUUUGUUUUAUGUCACAUACAUCAGUAUGAUGCAGAAUAAGGAGAAUUGUGAUCCUAAAGGGCUACAUAGACCGCAAGUUCAAAUGCCCUCUGCACCAGACGCUACAGACAAAAAGGCAAUUACAGGUCCUGGGAGAGAGCUUGCCACAUCUUCAUCCAGUGCAGCUCUAACAAACAGGAAAUUCACCAUCAAUGACUUUGACAUUGGGCGGCCACUCGGAAAAGGCAAAUUUGGGAACGUUUACCUGGCCCGGGAUAAGAAGCUGGACUUCAUCGUGGCGCUGAAGGUGCUCUUCAAGUCUCAGAUGGAGAAAGAGGGCGUGGAGCACCAGCUCAGGAGGGAGAUCGAGAUUCAGUCCCACCUUAGACACCCCAACAUCCUGCACUUCUACAACUACUUUCAUGACCGCACCAGGGUCUUCCUAAUCCUGGAGUACGCACCGCGGGGGGAGAUGUACAAAGAGCUGCAGAAAUGUGGUCGCUUUGAUGACCAGCGCACUGCUACGUACAUGGAGGAGUUGUCUGAUGCGCUGCUGUACUGCCAUGAGAGAAAGGUGAUCCAUCGGGACAUCAAGCCUGAGAACCUGCUGCUGGGAUUCCGAGGGGAGCUGAAGAUAGCAGACUUUGGCUGGUCUGUCCACGCACCAUCCCUAAGGCGCCAUACAAUGUGUGGAACACUGGACUACCUGCCCCCAGAGAUGAUUGAGGGAAAGCCCCACGAUGAGAAUGUGGACCUGUGGUGCAUCGGGGUGCUCUGCUAUGAGUGCCUAGUUGGAAAACCCCCGUUUGAAACCGCCAGCAACUCUGAAACGUACAAGCGCAUCACAAAGGUGGACCUGCAGUUCCCCAAAGUGGUGUCUGACGGGGCUCGGGACCUGAUCUCUAAGCUGCUCCGCCACAGCCCCUCCAAGCGGCUGCCGCUGCGGAAUGUAAUUGACCACCCAUGGGUGAAAAACAACUCACGGCGGGUCCUACCUCCUGCCUUUCCUCUCAAGAAACCCUGACGUCAGUUGUUCCAGCCUGUUACAAACUGCCAAAAAACGCUAAAAGCACCAUAGAGACAAAUAUAUGUACUGCUGAUUGGGAGGGACUAUGGUGAUGGAUAUGUUUUUUGUUGUCUUUUUUCCUUCACUUUCAAGGGUUUCACUUUUUGUUACCUGGACAAUCUUCAUCCACAAGGUUUAAAGGGGUCUUUUAACUUCUAAUUUCUCUGAUUUUAUAAGAUCUGAGAGGUUCGGGGGGAGAGUUUGGGAAAACCUGAACUAGAAUACUGUCAUUUAUAUUUCAAUUUACUCCAAGAACAGGUUAAGGCUGCCCUCUACUGGUAGAAAUGAGGAAGGCCAUUGAGAAUAAGGAUGAUUCCUUUAUAAUUCUUAAAUGGAUUUCAAGAAGAGUAUGUCUGUUUACUAAGUAAAGUCUUUUCAGUUUUUGUACAUCAUGUAUAUAACGUCCUCUACAAGCAAAGUUUAUGUAUCUGUGAAAUUUCCUUGUACAACUGUUUUGAAAUAAAUCAUACCAAAUGUGAGGGAACCUUG